CAAACGUUAAACAUCGAUGCGCUGCUGUUGCCUGUAGUCUUCUAAAUUCAAAAAAAGAAGUGAAAACCCACCUGAGAGGUCCUCCACUUUUACAAUACAGGGACAUCUCUCGAAACCAAACAAUAAAGACACGAUACCAACAACAGCCAUGUCUGUGAAUUAUGCUGCUGGGCUCUCGCCGUACGCGGACAAAGGUGUUUGCGGACUUCCCGAGGUGUUUGAUAGUCCUGAGGAGCUAAAGACGAAGGUGGAGACCCUCGCUCAGUUGAUAAAAGAAUCUCAGUACUUGGUUGUCCACUCCGGAGCAGGAAUCAGCACAUCAGUAGGCAUCCCGGAUUUCAGGGGUCCAAAGGGUGUGUGGACGUUAGAAGAAAAGGGUGAGACACCUCACUUUGAAACAACAUUUGAAGACGCCCGACCCAGCUUGACUCACAUGGCCCUCCUGGGACUCCAGAGGGCCGGGUACCUCAAGUAUCUCAUCAGCCAGAAUGUGGACGGCAUACAUGUCCGAACAGGAUUCCCCAGGGAUCUGUUAUCAGAGCUUCAUGGAAACAUGUUUGUGGAGGAGUGUGAGAAGUGUGGCAGGCAGUAUGUGAGAGAAAAAGUGAUCGGCGUGAUGGGGCUGAAACCGACAGGGCGUUACUGUGAUGUGGUGCGAUCCAGAGGACUCAGAGCCUGCAGAGGAAAGCUGAUAAGCACCAUACUGGACUGGGAGGACGCUCUCCCUGACAGAGACCUGAACAAAGCAGAUGAUGCCAGCAGACGAGCAGACCUGGCACUGACGCUCGGCACCUCCUUGCAGAUCAAACCCAGUGGAGACCUGCCACUCCUCACCAAGCGCAAAGGAGGGAAAGUGGCCAUCGUCAACCUGCAGCCCACGAAACACGACAAGCAUGCGCACCUGCGUAUCCAUGGUUAUGUGGAUGAGGUCAUGAAACAGCUGAUGGAAGUGCUGGGGUUGGACAUACCGAAGUGGGAGGGUCCAACCAUCUGUGAGAGCUCCACAGCCACGUCCGAGUCCAGCACCGAUGUCAAACCACCACGUGCAGUUAAGGAAGGAAAGGAGGAAAAGGUGAAAAAGGACAUUACAGAGGAGAGGAAAAGGGAAGCAGCACCACUAAUGGACGAUGAGAGUGUUAAAGAAGAGACGGUGUCUGUAAAGAGGGAAAGAACGGACUCCCAGUCGAGAUAAAGGAAGAGAAAUGGCCUCGGGCCAUUUUUUAUUUUUUCUCACGACACAAGCCCAUCCAGAAACAAACUCUGUUUGAUCAGCUUCACAGAGGGUGGAGGUUCCUCUCAUCUCUGCCCUCAAAGACUCUCAUAGUACUGUAUUUUUUUUUUUUUUUUUUUUUUUUAAUCUCAGAUCUCUUACACUUCUCUUACAGCCGCAGCUGUAAGUUGACCUCGUAAAACAAAUCUGGCAAAGUGAUUCAGUCCAGGGUAGGAAGCCGGGACUAUGUCACGUGGAUGUGUUUGAUUUGGAAUGUUUUCUUUUUAAGUUCUUUUAAGUUAAGUUCUUGUUCGACAUCUUUGUGGCUUGCAGCUUUACUUCACUCAGAGAGUCAGUCUUUAACAGACAAGACAACAAGACGAGAUCUGGAACACACAGUUAUAAAUAAAUCUUAUAAUAAGGUCUGUAAAGUUGCUGCACCUUUCAUUAAAAGCUGUAUUUAUAGCCGCAUGCUCUAGAUGUCAUCCCUACAGAUCUAGCCUGUAAAGACACUUCAGGUUCAGUAUUUCACAAGAAGAGAGAGAAGGUGGGCAUGUCCAAGUCUAGAAGCCUUGUACAGCUGGGGGGAAUUUUAGAUUAUAAUUAUUGUUGUUUUUAAAGGUAUACUAUGCAGGAUUUUCGUAAAAGAAAACAAUAGACUCAUACAAAAGUAAUCCCUCUCAAUCAUCACUUACAGCCUACUAGAAAUGUGUGGCAUUGUAUUUAUCUGCAGAGACCCUGCCGUCUGCCUGUGAAAAUGGCAGACACAGCGCAGAAAAAACACAAAGUUAGCCAGGUGAAACGCCAAGCAGACAAAUUGCCUCCCAAAACGAGAGUGAAUCUGGAGUUUGCUUUCACCCGCUGAUGAGCACUGACGAAGAGGAAAGGGAUGAAGAUCGACGCAGAGUUGGCCUGUUUUCUGUUGGACAGGUAGGUGCCGGCAGUUAGUUUAGUAAAGUUUAAAUAAUACAAACAAUAAUCGACAAGUCCUGCGCAGUAUAUCUUUAAGUGUGUUUCCCUGCUGUUCUCUCUGGGGACAUAGUUGCAUUGUAAAACAAUUCAGAACAGAGCAAUGUUUUAUCUUUUUUCUCCCAAGCAAUUCAAAUGUGGACUUUUUUCAAAAUCAUCAAAGACCUUCUGUCAUUGUCCAAAAGAUUUCUCUUCCUCUGGCGAUAUGUGUAAUUCCCCCUUUUUUGAGCAGAUAUGGAGCACCUGCUGCUGAUUGGCUACAAAAGGACCAUAAUCAUACUGUACAUUUGUAGGAAAAUGUUUUUAUCUCAGGAUAAAGUCACCAUACUGUUUUUUUUAUAUACGUUCUGUAUGUUUUGGCAACAAACACAAUACGUUCCUGGUAGAGCCUUCUGUGCAUAUGAGCUGUACAUUGCGUCAAACAGCAGUGACCUAGUUGCAAAUGUGAUUCAGUGUUUUAAAGGAAAUGGAGGCAGCAUGUGUUUGUUCAUUUGUCGUACUGGUAUCAUUCUUUGUGUUUAACCUUAUUAGCAUCUAUGUAAUCAA